GGCCGAGUCCGGUUUAUACGGAGAGGGAUUACAUCAUGGCUACCAUAAUUUCCGUUGGACGUCACUGAACGAUCACCAGCUUUAUUCUACCCCGGAUUAUCUUUUGAUGUCACUAAUCGUACAUAUCGGACAAUUGCUCCGUAUACUCGGUUCCGUGGCGGGUUACAUCACAGUUCCCAAAGCAUGAUAGAAUCCACCAUUGAACCCAACUUUACUUGAAAGCGAUCCUCCCACCACUCAUCGCCAGUUGAAUUAACCACUAUCAUCAAUCAAACGCAGAACAAAAAUGUCCUCCUACAUCCCCUUCGAAUCCCUCCAGAACAUCCCCCUCUCCUACGCCUCCUGCUCAAUCGGCACAAAAGAAUCCGACACCCUCCCCCGAAAACUAGAAGCCAUCGCCGCCGCCGGAUUUACCGCAAUCGAGCUCUCCUUUCCGGAUAUCCUAACCUAUGGGUCUCAAAUCACAGGCAGGGAAUUGGGGAGCCGUGAAUAUGGGCAGCUAGUCAACGUGACAAAGGAGAUUAAGAAGUUGGUCGACUCGAAUGGGCUGAGGGUGAUGAUGUUGCAGCCGUUUGGGAAUUUUGAGGGGUGGCCGGGUGGUUCGAGGGAGAGGGAGGAUGCGCUGAGAAGGGCGGAUGGGUGGAUGGAUAUUAUGGAGGCUGCGGGGACAGAUCUCCUACAGGUGCCUUUUCCUCUCUCAUCCGCAAUCUAUACACAUACUGAUUUAAAAAAAAAAAAAAUAAUAAUAAAAAAUAGGUUGGCUCCACCGACUCAUCCUCGGAAAGAAUAACCACAGACC